AUGAUUCAUUGGAUUUUCUUGGUUUCGGUUUCGGUUUUGGCUUCGAAAUCAGAUGCGUGUAUUCGAACUGCAAGUGUUACGGUAGGUAGUUUUGUGAUGCGUCUUUUUUGUCGGUUAGACAGCUAUUCCAGUCGACCGAGACCACCCACGAAGCUGUUGACUGAACCAAACAAAAUAUAGAAAGUUUCUGUACGCAAAAGUGCGUCGCAGUGUUUGCACACACCAACCAACUAGACGUGGGAGUAAUUUGAAAUUUUUAAAAACAUGAUUAUCUCAACUCGUAUUAACUUUCAUUAUUUCGAAUUUUUUCAACUGGUUCCUUUUGUGUUGAACUAUUUUUGACGCUAAGUUUCGAGAAAAAUCAAAAUAAUUGUGUAACUGCCUUUAAAAACCUCCCUAUAACGAUACUUUCAGACCCCAACUACAAUUUGCACGUGUACUACCAACGAUAUAUCGUACGUCGACACCACAACGCAAGUUUCAUUUGAGUGAGUAAAUAUUCAACGAUUUACUGUUUCUUGGAAAUAAGUUUGGAGAAAAUCACAUCAAAAUUUCACUAGACUAACCUUUUUCCUGUGAGCAAAUAAGAAAUCCACGUGUUUUUACAUUUUUUUUUAGUUAUGUGGAUGGUUGCCCGACCAGUGCAACAAUAAGAUGUAAUACUGAUACUCCCACUUUGACCAUAGACGACGGCGAGACUCCUCCCUCUAAUCCAUUGUCAGUGACAUGUUCCGACUCUGGACUUUUUCAGUAUAAUGUGAAUGGUGACACCGGGUAAGUUCUUGAUUUUCUAUGUUUGAAAAAACUAACUUUCAGAUCUGUAACCAGUGCAAUUUGCUCUUAA